CGUAGCAGAUUUUGCAGUGUGCUUGAGAUUUGACACUCAAAAUGCGGUACUACUGCACCUUGUGCGAUUGCCAAUAAAUGUAUAUUUGUAUGGCCAUCAGUGUUGGUAAAAGAAAGAAAAAAAUAAUAUCAUGUUACAGUAAGACAUGUGAGCUUCCACAUUAAAAACAAUAACAAUCGCUUGGUUUGUUUAAGUGCACACGAUAAAAUGUUUAGUUUUCGUAGAGCAGCGUCUCGGACGCUUAAUGUAGUCAAUGAAUUUAAUAAUUCCGUUAAAUAUCAGAAUCACAUCAAUGAGAAUCUAGUCAAACAUAUCAAUGCCAUACGGCUGACGCAAUCGGUCCAAUUUUAUUCAAAAGAUUUAAAAGCCAAGCCCAUCGAUGCAAAGGAAAAGUUUCCAAAAUCCAUUAGUGAAGCAAGUCGUGAAUUGCAAUUGGAAUUCAAAUCCGAACUGGGGAAGAUUGACACGAAAUUAUACCUGGCCUAUACAUGCAAAGUAUGUAAUACUCGAAAUAGCAAGACUAUUUCGAAAGUCGCUUAUACGCUGGGUGUUGUAAUUGUACGGUGUGACAAGUGCCAAAAUAAUCAUCUCAUUGCCGAUAAUUUAAAAUGGUUCACCGAUUUGGAUGGCAAACGGAAUAUCGAAGAGAUUUUGGCGGAAAAAGGGGAAACAGUUCAACGCACUUCAUUCGGUGAAUUCUUUGGCAUUCGAAAUAAAACAGCUGAUAAGAAAUCAAUUGACGAUGAGAAAAAAACUGACGAAAAAACAGCUGAGAGUGAUGAAAAAGAGAAGAAGACAGCCGAAGGUGACAUAAAAUCGGAAGAGAAAUCAGCCGACGAAAACAAAACCGUCAAACUGUCGGACGAACUAAAGAAAAGCAAAAUUGUGAAAGAAGCAUCAUCUGAAGAACAAAACGAAGAGAAACCGGCUCUGUUGGAAGAUCUCUCGAAGAAAGCUCAGACAAUCAAGCAAAAAGUUACGGACAUUCUACGAACGAAGAAAGAAAACUAGCAGUGAAAGUUCAGUUUAGAACAGGAAAAAAAGCUAGAAGAUAGUAGAUUUAUUAUGCAAUAUGAAUUGAAACAAUUCCAUUUUUUCAUAGGUAUACUUAAAAUUGUAUAGUACCUUGACUACAUUUCAUUACAGUAAAUUUUAUGCAGAAGAUUAGGUUUGAAAAAAAAAGAGUGAAAUUAUCAUAGAUUAUUUCACCUUAUCACUUAAUUAGUUCGGAACAUUGCUGUAUAUUUUUAUGAUUACUCAAAAGUACAAACCGUUUUUAUGUCUAGGUCAAAAGACACUCAGUAAAUGCCAUAUUCCGCACUCGAUUCAACAGCUUUAUACAGCGACUUAUCAAUGUUUUUCAUUUUCAUUAACCGCAAAUCGCAAUUAUACUUAAUUCUCUGUACGUAGCGUAGCGAUAAAAUGUAUUCUGAAUCAGAAUUUCUGAUGUUACCGAAUUGUUGAUAGUUGAACUUAUAUUUUGAAUGGUAUAUUUUAAUGUUGGAAUUAUUUUUCUUCGUCUCGAAUGACUUUAACACUACUGACUCCUAGAUACUACUGUUAUUUUGCCAAUUAUUGUUGAAUAACGCAUAAUUAAUAUGCUCUUCCAUUUAGAAUUUGACAAAAAAAACGAAUAAAAAGGGGAAAAAUAAGAACAAGCUUAAAAAA